AAAAAAAAAAAGUGGAGCUGGGUUCGGUGAACCUAGUUGCUGGGUUCCACCGAACCCAGCAGAUCUGGGUUCGAGGAACCCACCAACUGGGUUCCAUUGAACCCGAGCUAGGAACAAUUGUAUCCAAUAGUAUCUGUGUUUGGUCUUGGGAAUCUCAAUGGAUGAGAGAAUGAGGGAUGUUGCUGAAGCGGGAGACAUAGAAGCCCUGUAUGCACUAAUUCAGGAAAAUUCAUUUGUUUUAGAGAGCAUUGAUAGAUUUCCUUUCGUUGACACUCCACUGCAUAUAGCAGCCUCUAAAGGGCACAUUGAUUUUGCUAUGGAAAUGAUGAACUUAAAGCCAUCAUAUGCAAGGAAGCUAAACCCAGCUGGGCUAAGCCCCAUGCAUCUUGCCCUGUUAAAUUGCCAAAUUCAUGUACUACGUGAGCUCCUCAAAGUUGAUAAAGAUCUUGUCCGUGUCAAAGGGAGGGGCAGUUUGACUCCUCUGCAUCAUGCAGUGGAGAAGGGGGACUUGGAUCUUAUAGCUGAAUUUCUUGAGGCUUGCCCCGAAUGCAUCACAGAUGUGACCAUUCAUGGCCAAAAUGCCAUACACAUUGCAAUAAGCAACGAUAACUUUGAAACUUUGGAACUUCUGGUUUGUUGGCUUGAAAAGAUCACUCACAAAGAUGCUGAAAUUUGGAAUAAACAAGUCCUGAACGGGAUAGAUCGAGGAGGAAACACAGUUCUACAUAUAGCUGCAUCCAUUAAUCAUCCCCAGAUGGUAAGAUUAUUAUUAGAAUGUAAGAUGAUCUCCAAGAACAAAGUCAAUUUGAAUUGCCAAUCAGCUUUGGAUAUGUUAUCCGGCCAAGUUAACAGCAGCGAAACCGCAAACAUUCUUCGUCAAGCUGGAUGUUUAGAAGCUGAAAGAAUUCCUACAUGUCAUACAUUAGCAGAGUCAUUGAGAACAAGAAUGUCUUGUUCACAGAAAUUACAAAGAACAAUGGUGCGCCAGAAUAACAUGAUAUCUAGUGACAUGAGGAAUGCUAUGCUGGUAGUAGCUGUACUGAUCCUAACAACUACCUACCAAACAUGUCUUACUCCACCUGGAGGUGUUUGGCAGGGUAACUUAGGUGACCCAGUGCCCAGUCGCUUAGAUAUCAGUCCCUUAAGUGCACCAUCCACUCCCUCAAGAGUACUUGACACUCCCCCACCCCCACCUACGAGUGGCGUAUUCCCAUCCGACCCUCCUCUCAGCAAGGCUAUCACUCCCCCACCCCCACCUAUCACUCCCACACUCCGAAAUAUGAGUGCCGUAUUCCGAAACAUCCCUUCCCCAUCCGACCCUCCUCCAUUCGACCCUCCCCAAUCCGACCCUCCCCCAUCCAAUCCUCCUCCUAGCAAGGCUGUCACUAAUGCCCCUGAAAGCAUGCUCGGGCUCUCAAUCAUGUCCACACCUAAUUUUAUAUACUUCUAUUUUAUAAACACUGCAACUUUCUUGACUACAACAACCAUAGUGUUUCUCCUACUUCCUGAUAACACAAUAAACCUGCUUGCCUUACCAAUCUUGUUAUUCAUUCUCUGCUACUUGCUAUCAAUGACGUACCUAGCUCCAUUUCCAAUUCCAAAUUCCCCUCGGCUUCAACCAUUUGCACCUAUUAUUAUUGCUACUCUGCUCUUCCUUGUUGUGUGUUUGCCUAAGUUUUUCAAUCUUAAUCUCCAAUCUUAAGGGACUAGUUUAAAUGUUUCUGCUUGUUAAGAUUAAUGCAUGUUAAUUUCCUUUUCGGGUCAGCAUUAUGGAUGUUUUCUUGUAUAAGAACUUUGAUCAUCAAAAGGAAAGUUAUCGCGCGCUUGUAUUUGCAUUUUGCUUAAUGCUAUGUAUUUUCUUAAUAUGUUACUUUUCAUGUUGAGUACUUUUUAUCUCAUGAAUCAUGAACAGAAAAUGAUGUUCCCAUUUCAAUGAUACACUGUGAACUGUCAUGCCCUCAAUAAAACAAGAGAAAUAAAAAAAAAUGAUUUCC